AUGGCGCCUGGUUCGACGCAUGCAAGGAAAACAUCUGGUACGACUGCGGCAUCGGGUCGUGUUUCAAAGAGAUCUGAUAAUGCGUGCUCACGAUGUCGCAAGCAGAAAAUAAAAUGUUCAGGUUCUCAUCCCUGCGACGCGUGCAAAAAGCGCAAAUUAUCCUGCGAGUUUGACCAACGCGAUCAAAAGGUCCUCGUCACGCGUGGAUUCAUUCUCGAUUUACAGCAACGCGCUGCGACAAGUCAAUCCAGUACCGGGACGGCCGAGUACAUCACGCCUGGGUCUUUGGAUACGAACAUCAAUGUUGGAGGACCUUCGGAUUCAGUUGAACCGCCGCCGCAUUUGCCUUCGCCUGGAAGAAAUGUCUCUGCUUCGUUGCACACAGAAGACUCGCUGCUCGGAAGUCACAGCAGUACCAAUAGUAGCGGCAAAGGACUGGACCCCAUCGCGUCUGCCCUGGUGAAUCCGUUGUCAUCCGGGCAGUCCAAGUUUAUGGCCUCAGCGCAAGGUCGAGAAUUCUAUCUUGGAACAUCAUCAAACUGGUCCUUCACCCGACGCGUUCUUAGUCUCACUCACGAAUACAUCCACCAAAGUCCUAUCUCGGUCGACAACCUACUCUUCGAUGGCUUAGCAUACGAUCUUGGGUGGGAUGGCUCGAGGAUUACCCCAGCGCUGGAUCCGCCAGUAAUGCCGAGUCUCGACCAUGCGGUCUUUCUGAUCAACACAGUCAAGUUUCACUGCGGCCAACUCUUCCACUUGUUUGACGAGGAAACAUUCAUGGCGUACCUGCAUGAGUUUUAUGCCGAUCCGAGCAGUCAUAUUGCAGCUGCGGACCUACCAUACAUUCACCUACUUCUUAUUCUCGCUUUUGGCAAAGCAUUCGCCGAGAACAACAACUAUCAAGCGAAGAGACCGCCUGGAGCCGACUACUUCGUCACAGCAUUGCGGCUCUUGCCGAGUAUCCAUAUUCUUGUUUACGAACCACUGAUAUCGACAGAGAUUCUGUGCUGCAUCGCGCUGUACUUUGAGUCUCUCGACUACAGACACUCAUCACAUGGAUUUAUUGGGCAAGCGAUGAGAGUUGCUCUCGGGCAAGGAAUGCACACAGACAUGCCCGCGGACCAACUGGGAGAUCGUAUAGUGGAACGAAGUCGCAGAAUCUGGUGGACCGUCUACGUACUAGACCGCGAGAUGACAUCGCUCAUGGGCUUGCCGCAAUCCGUCCACGACGACGACAUUCAUCAUCAGCUACCUCAUUUUGACGGAUCGACACAACGAGUGGCAGCGCUUCAUAUGCAGAUUCGACUUUGCCGGACUAUUGCGUCCGUUGGAAGAGGAGUUUACGGAGCGAACGGCCGGCUGAACAAGAAGUUCUUGCUCAGCACCAAGAAGGUCCUGGAAAACAUCGCCGGUCUUGCCGACGAGCUACAACAGCAGUUUCCUCUCGGCGCAGAUAAAGCCAUCAACGGCGUUUCAAGGGUAGCAGGAUACCUCCAUACGCUGUAUCAUCAGUGUAUUGUUCUCGCUACACGACCAUUGUUGCUUUGCUUCCUCAAAAUCCGCUUCGAAACACCCGACUCCAUAACAGAAGCUCUCAACUCAUCCCAAACUGUCUGGAACCUGAUCAAGAUGUGUAUCGACUCUUCCUACCAAAUGAUCAACAUUCUUGGCUGUUUGCAAAGUCAAGGUCUGCUUGAAGCCUUUCUCCCUUUCGAUCUUGAGUCCCUGUUCGUAUCGAGUUUUAACCUCCUCAUCGCACCGGUUCUGGAUCCCAGAUUCUCAGAAUACGAUGCUACCUUCCGACAUAAAACGCAUAUUAUCUUCAACGAGAUGAUAAGUAAGGGCAAUCUGAUUGCCAUGUUUAGGAGAUCGGAGCUGCAGCAGCUUGAUGAUAUGCUGGGCCGCAUGCCACGCGAGCAACCUGAUACAACGCCUAUUCCGAUUGAUGGACAGAUUAUUGGAGGAACGAUAGGCGAAAGUGAGGGAGGUUUGAACGACCUGAAUGACGAUAAUGAGACUAUGGCUUCGAUGUUGCCGGGUAUGGAUGAUUUGGGGAUGGAUGCGUGGUUUACAACUGCGCAGAUGAUUGACAUGGCGAAUUCGAUCGCGAACAGUGACACUGAGUUUCUGUCACACACAAUGAUGGAACAUGACAUUUGGUGA